AUGGCAACAUCUACAAUCCUCAGUCUGCUCGCGCUCUCGAGCUACGCCAUGGCCCAACAACAAGGAUCGUCCACCGUCCUCACGCUCCCCUUCUACGGCUACGAUUCCGUCUCCCUGGUCGCCUCCGUCGUCUCCGCCAACAAAGACGCCACGACCCUCGCCCUCUCCUGCGCACCCAUCUACUCCACCGCCGACUCCGACUGCGGUCUCUUCCCCUACCAGACCCUCACCAUCGGCCCGUCGACCUACAACAUGUACAUGUCCGACGAAGGGUUCACGGGAACGCAGGCCUGCCAGACGUCCGCGAGCCCCGUGACGUGCAGUGAGAGCGCCGCCGGGAGUUCGGCGAAUUUCCCCGGUUCGAGCACGACGACGUAUGGGGGCACGGAUGUUACGAGUUUUGCGGUUACUGUGACGGGUGGGGUGGAGAAGUUGGGUGGUGCUGCUGCUGCGGCGGCGACUACGACGUCGGGUGGAAGUUCUGUGGCGACGGGGACUGCUGCAAGUACGGGAGCUGCUGCUACGACGCUGAGUGGGACGGCCAAGGCGACGACGACGUCUACGGCCACAGCGUCUGGAAGCCACGGUUCCGCUUCGAGUGGCUCGGCGACUGGAUCAUCGACCUCGUCUGCGGCGGCUGUGCAUUCCAGCGGUGCUGCAGUGGUGAAUGGGGUUUCUGGCGGGAUUGUGGCAGCAGUAGCAGGUGGCUUGGGCUUGUUGGCGUGGUGA